AUAAUAUUGUUAUGAAAAUAAAUUCACCAGAAAUGUAUGCAUCCUUUGUGUAUCAUGCGUUAUGUUAUUUACACGGUUGUCAGGAAACUGAUUAACAUAGUUUGAACAGAAGUAUCAACAUUAAUAAUUUAUUAAACCUUUUUAAUUGAAAACCAUAGAGUACAUUUUUACUGUUUGAAAUAAUGAAACUUCAAUAAAGGUUGACUUUAUUUUGAAAAUUUUUGUUUGAAGAAAAUAAUCUUGAAAAUUAAAAAAAAAUUACGAAAGACAUUAAACGACAAAAUAAUAUUUCUGAAUUCAAAAUGUGUUCCACCUCUUUUUGUCCCACAUGCCCACCAAUAUUACCAUGUGGGCUAGGACCAUGUUGUUUUUCGUGUCCACCACCUACUCCCUGCUGCCAGCCCUGUUGCCCUCCACCACUACCGUGUACACCUUAUCCUCCAUGUAACUGCAAACCAAUAUGUAGGCCGAGUCCAGCUCCUCUUUUGCCAGAUAUAAUGCCUCCAAUAGUCCCGGUUUUACCGUGUUGCAAGCCACGUCGCGAUCCUCCCAGUGAACCUCCUCCACCUUGCCCGCAAAAACCUGCUUAUUGUCCACCAGUUUUGCCUUGCUGUCCACCACCUCAGCCGUGUGACCCACCUCCAAUGAAACGAUGUCCCGAGCCAAUAAGAUGCUACUAUCCCGUGUUGCCGUGCUGCAAUCCACAGUGCCCUACGCCAGCUCUUCCCAAGCAACGACCUAUUUGUCCAAGGCCGCCCCCCGCUACAUUUCCUUGUGUUCCUGUAUCUCGCCGAUGCUGCCCAGACUGCGAAAUCGAUCCGAUAACUGUUCGCAGACCCCUAAUAGUUCAUAAUGGCGUAUUGCAAAAGAAGCCCGCACCUAAUCCUAUGAGCCCAGGAGGCGCUUACGCUGUGGAUGUCCCUUUAAGGUAGUGAGAAGUUUCCAAGAAGAGAAGACUUUUAGAAUGUGGAUGAAAUUUCAUUACGUCUAUUUUUAUUUAAUAAAAACGUUUUUAUUUCUUAA